CACUUCCCGCGUACAGAGAAUUCAGAAACACAAUUCCCUUUUACCCCCAAAUUCCCUAUUUCAGCACCAACCUGCGUCAUUCUCCGCUGCCGUCGCCGCUCCGUCACGGUUGCUUCGCCGGCGCUCCUCAACACACACACUCUCUCAACCAUAAACCCUACUCCGACGCCUUACUCAAACCAAGGGUUUUCAGUGAGGUAGAACUCCAGCGAGGGAUGACAGGCAGGAGCACGUAAUUUGAAAACACUUACCGUCGCUGGUUCCGAAGUUCCCUUCGCCAUUGUCGCUGGUUCUACUUGCUGUCGCUUCUAGCUCGUGCUUAUCCAAUGGCCUGGUGAGGGAACAAAUUAACACGGGAUAUUAUAAUAUAUACAAGCUGAAACCAAGGUCUAUAUAUAAUACAAGCAGGGCUGUUAAGGUGUGGAAAGAGCUACAAAUUAAGGUGGAUAAAUUAUCUGAGGCCUGAUAUCAAGAGAGGAAAUUUCACCAUUGAAGAAGAAGAAACCAUCAUCAAGCUUCAUGAAAUGCUUGGCAACAGUACUAGGUCUGUUCAGAAGUUAUUGGAGCAUCAUUUCACAGUGGGAAUUGUAGUGGUGUGGGUCAAUAGAAUCUUUUGAUCAAAGAAACAAUAGUGGAGUAUUUGGUUCUUCAGCAUAUUCACUAUCACAAAGUAUUGGUAGAGUUUAAGACUCCCAAAAAAGCUAUUCAAGAAUCAUUCGCUUGGAAGACAAUCACGUAUGGAUGAGUUUUUUGAGCACACUCAUACUCGCAAAGAGGAUAGGACUCAAUGGGUUGAUGAACACUCCCGAAAGACAAAGGAUAUAUUUCAAGAGCGUAUGUUUCAGGCUGACCAAGAGCGGCAGGCUGCUAUAGAGGCUGGUGUAAUUGAUCCACCGCCUGUCUCUGAGGAAAGCAUAUGGAUUGAGACAGUGGGUGGAAAACGAAGAGGUAGGGUAUAUGGCAUGGGUGAGGUAAGGGACUCUUCCAUGGUGCGGCCUCGAGUUGAUGGGCCAACCACGACCACCAGCGCUGAUGUUUUGGAUCUUAGAGAACGAAUCAUAAUACUCAAUAGGGAAGUUGAACAAUAUGCCGCUAAAUAUAGAGAGCUUGAAGACCGCUACCAAAGGGAGAAAAGAGAGUGGCAACAGACUGUUGAAUCAUUGCGUGAGGAUCUCAACACCAGUAACUCACAGAUGGAUCAAUUUAGUCAUCAGUUGAGCAGUUUGACUGAGUAUGUGAGAGCCAUGGGUCCUAGUAGUUCUGGAUCACGUGUUCCCCCACCUCCUCCUUUUACUUUCCCAAGCUCUCAGAAAAGCACAGCCCCAGCCCCAGUCCCAACCCCAACCCCAGGUAGAAAACUUCCACCUAUUCUGCAGCGACCAGGACAACCACAGAGUUCUCAAAGGGAGGAUGAUUCUGACGACGAUUUUGAUGACUCAGAUGAUUAUUUAGACGAGUAUGAGUAGGUUAUUUAAUUACUUUACUUUGAUUAUUUUGUAUUAUUAGUAGAUUGCAAUUUAAACGAAUAUAAGUCUAAGUUUAGUUAUUUAUCUUGUCUUGAGUCUUUAUGUUAGAG